GUUAGCCCCUUUCCUGGAUUUCCUGUAGUGUGAGGGGGUCCCCCCACGAGGUUUCUGUGAAAACAUUUCGGAGACCACGAUAAAAACAAAACAAGCAAGAAAACGACGGACUAGCUUUGUAACUCAAUUAGUGAAGAUCUACACGAGAGGCGAUGAGCAGACGGUUCCUAUUGGGAUGACAUGGUACACGCGUGUGCUACACAGGACGUGCCGUGAUCUAUGUGGUGUGUACUUGCCGUAUCGGGUUCAUAGAAAGUUCAAAUCAGUUAUUUCUUCACUCAUCUAUGUCACGUGAUUGCUCACACUCCAAAUGUGUAACUUUUAACAAAAUUAUGUGACCUACUUUCCGAUGUAGAAAAACUGUAACCUAAAACGGUGACCUAUAAAUGUGUUCUAUUUUUAAAAUGACGGAUUAUUUGACUCCUUCGCCGAGAGAUUUCACAGAUACGAUAUUUCAGUUUCACUCCACGUCCAAACUCUCAUUGGAGUCCGGCUCCAAAAUCUCAGUGGAGUCCCCGAGCCCGAUCUCGCCCCUAGUGACACACCACUACGGAAGCUCCUCCCUACCCAACGGCGUGGCUCGGCUCAAAAACACGAACAUGAUCAACAACAACAAUAACAACAACAACAACGUCCUGGGCGCCGGCGGGGCGCACCACAACAGCACCAGCAGCCAGCGCAGCAGCCACAGCAGCGGCGAGAGCAGCCUGAGCAGCAGCAGCAGCGGAGCCUCCAGCGUGAACAGCGUGUUCUACAAGGCUAAGACGACGUCGGUCAGUUCCGCCGGAAACGAAUACGUCCGAGAGCCGCUGAAGGUGGUCUGCAACGGAAGUGUGAGCUCAUACGGCGGCUCGAACCGAUUAUACCCGAACGGGGCGAACCCAAACGUCGACUCCUCGUGUACUUCUUUAAAAUCAAAGCUCGUGUCGGAGGAAGUGACGUACACGAUAAACGAUGAGAUGGACGACUCCUCGAACCAGGUGGUGUUCCUCCCCCCUCCCCCGACGGACAUAGACUCGGAUAACGACAGCGUCGGGGGCUGCGACGUGGGCGGGGCGUGCUCCCCUCGACACCACGACUGGAGGAGCUCUCGGGACCUCAGCAAGUCGCCGACCUCCAGGGGAAUCAACCACGGCAACAGCAGGUGUCUCUGCUGCAUGUUGCUGGUGUUCGUGCUGUCGACGGCGGGGCUGACAGCGGUGCUCGUCCUCAUGUAUCUGGGAAAACUGCAGCUGGCGCCCCUGCCCAGUGUCCACAGCUACAACGAGGAGGGGCGGGCAAGGCUUGGAGAAGGUGCUUUAAUCAGAGAGGUGUGUGAGACUACGUCAUGUCUGAAAACGUCAUCAAGUAUACUGAACAGAAUGAACGUCUCGGCCAAUCCGUGUGAGGAUUUCUACAACUACGCUUGCGGUGGCUACAUCAAAGAGACGGACUUGUCUUGGUUCAAGAAUCGAAUCAGAGAGUCCCCGGAUGAGAUCGUACAAGAACAUAGAAAGUAUAUAAUAGAUCGCCUGUCUGCAUCGUUUGACCGCAGCGAUGACCGGCUGAUGGCCACAUCCAAGGAGAUCUUCCGCUCCUGUUUGCUCAGGCCCGGUUCCAGCGAAGAAGGGACGAAGACCAUAGUGAAGGACCUACUGGAUCUGCUUGGUGGACUGGUCGCUCCAACGCAAAACACAGAUUUGACGCUGUUGCUAGGCAACGUCACCCGGAUGUUUGGGGCGUCGCCAUUUUUCAAAGUCAUAGUUCACAGCGACAAAAACGUUUCGCUGGUAUCCAAGGCAACAAAUUACGUCAAUCCUCUGACGUCACCUCCGGAUUACUCAAGAUCACGUGCUUCCACCAAACAGAAAGAUGCUACCACCAACCAAGCCAGACUGAACGAGCUUCUGCUACAACUGAUAAGACCACAUGUGAACGAAUCAGAGGCCAGGAGUAUAGUCACGGAGUUCUUCCGUCUGGAAGAUAACAUUCGUAGGAUCUUAAAUACUGGUCAAGAACAUCUGGACGGGGAGGAAGGCUAUGAGGAGAGAUCCAUCACCUGCGACCAGCCGUCGAGUCAAAAAACUCUCGGACAGAUGCGGGAGAAAUACUACGUCUUCGGUAUUGACUGGUUCUCGUUCUUCCAGAACGUCCUCAACACGUCCUACGUAUCGGACAUCGUGCUCUGUAAGGUGAAGAUGAGCAACGAGCUGCAGCACCUCUUGAAGAUCACCCCGAAGACGGUCCUGAGGCAGUUCAUCAUCCUGCACACUCUCAUCCACUCGGACCUCUUCAUACUCAUGUCCAAAAACAAUCAAAACGUGGUCCAGUCUCCAGACGGGAAGGAGCUCUCCGAGAACGUGGAGGAGCUGUGUUUGGAUCUGAUCGUUCACUUCCUGCCAGCCCUGGAGAAAUACUCCGGCUGCGACCCGGACACGCUCAACACGCACAGGGCCAAAACGUUCAGCACGCUGCGUAGCAUAAGGUCAUCUCUGUACAGCGUGCUGACCAACUCCCUGAAACUGGCCAAGGACAACGCGGCGGUGGUGACCAACUCCAGCAUGAAGCCUGUAAUUGAAUCUCUGAACGAAGAGCUGGUCACAAGAUGUCAGACCAGCGCAGGCCCCAAGGGAAAAUUCGAUGAGUACAGCUUCCAUUCGAAUAUGCUGAAGAUAAUACAAUACUAUCACGAAGAAUAUUUCCUAGGUCGAUUGACCAAAGUGUCAAGGGAUUUGGAAUUAUCUGCUUUAUGGAUAGCUUCCAGUGUCCAAGACCACCACAGAUCAAGGGCAGGCCCCGUCGUCUACUCGUCUCCGGUUCCAUUGCCAAUUAUGUACGGUUCAUUGGGGUCAUUCCUGGCCACCAGAGUGGCCGAAGAACUGGGUAUUGAAGAUCUGCUGGACCAUCACUCGGAAGGUCUCUUGAACCACAGCAUUGUCCUGGGGCUGGCCGUGAGGUUGACAUGUCUGGUGGAGAUGUAUGAAAAAAUGGACAUACUGGACUUUGGUGGCUCCCAAGUCUACAAGGUUGAUGGAAAGAAUACAAAAGACCAACAAUGGAAAGAUCAAUUGACCUUAAAAUUGUCCUACAAGGCCUGGCAACAGUCGGACAGAGAGUUGGACGUCGAUCAUUUCAUCCCUGGCUUAACUUUUACCAGACCACAAAUGUUCUUUAUUUCUUUUGCACAGACUCAUUGUGAGAAAGUGAGUGAGAGAGGAAUCCUGCAGUUCUACGUCAAUAAUGGGGCGAACCCAGCCAUACCUGGGAAACAUAGAGUCAAUGGGAUGCUACGUAAUUCCGAUGAGUUUGCUGAGGCCUUCCAGUGUUCGGACAACAUGAAUAUGAACCCGAUGGACAAGUGCCGAAUUUUCGGUUAAAAAGUUGUCUACGUAUCUUCCGACAUCUCAUGUAUUAUUCCACAACACUAACCACAACCUACCACACCGACACAAAAACACACACAUAAACUUUUCAUACCCGAAUGAAGUUGUGUAUACCGAUGACGUAGGUAGUCAUGUGAUUCUAUUAAUAAACGUUGGUUUAUGACGUGAAUGGUGAAUUAGUGUUUGAUAAAAUGAACAAGGCAGAAGCUUAUCUUGCCAAAGAAUAAUGUGUAAAAAAAAUCGCAUUUUUAUUGAUGACUCUAGAAAUGAAAUGUAAACAGUAUGCUCGCUAGGUUGUCUUACUCUGUACCUCAUCAUGGCGAUGUAUCAAAUGUAUGACAGAAUGAGACUGUUUAAGAACUUAAAUGGGUUUCAUGGCUUUCUUAAUUUUAUUAGUAAUCAAGUUCUUAUGAAAUAUUUCAUGGGACGAAGGGGUUAGUUAGUUAGCAUAGAUGCAGUGUUAUUGUAAGAAACUGAUGAAAUAUUGAAUUUCAACUCUUGGACCUGGAAUUAAUGGCAUAACCUUGUGGUUAUCAAAUGAAAACAUGUCUAAUGUGACUUAUAUGACAUAAUAAUGUAACAAACUCAUCUAUUUAUCUGUUCACCAUAGUCUCUUUCAUUUUUGACUGGCCCCUUGUCUAGUCUUCUUGUGUACACAGUCAUUCGUUAAACAGAGAACUCAUUUAAACAGGCAUGGUUAGAGAUAUUCGUAAGAUGGCUAACUUAAAAAUUGUGUACAUUGAACAGUUAAAAUUGCAAUAGCCCUAUACUCUGUAGCAGUAAUUAGAAUAUAAAUCUUAUUUUAUAUCUUUUAUAAACCCUGAAACAAAAGAGGUACUAGCUCUCUCACUGUUUUCUGUUCCCUUUUUUUUAGACGAAGGGAAGCAACUGGAUCGAUUUUUUCUUCCAAUUACAGGGGGAGGUUAUUAAACAAAGUAAUGAAUGUACACAUGAAAAUAACCAGAAGCAUUGUUGUUGAAGAUAAAUGGAUUAAGGUUUUUAGCUAAAUAAAUUUUUAAAAAGAUUUGAAUAGAUCUACAGUAUAGUGAACUAUUAGGAGGCAGAUGUUUUUCUAUGGUUAAAUAUUGUCUUUUACCAUAUUACAAUUACAUAAGGAUCCGCGUAGAACGCGGUUAUCUCCUCAUUUGAAGGUACUAUUAUGGUAUCUCAAUACGAGAUUUGAAACGGCGAGCACGCUGUUCUUUCCACUUUUUCUCUAUAUAAAUAAUUCUGUCUACCCCACCCAAGUCCUGCUUUUACUUGUAUACUAUUGUAACUAUAGUACUGGCAUGAAUAGAAGAUUGAACUAUGUGGCCCUGAUUAAGUUAGAAAGGAUCUGCGUUUACUACAAUAAUAGGGACCCGACACCCUCUCUGCCGUCUAAAAUACAAUCUAAUUUGUAGAUUAAUAUACUUAAUGUGAUGUGCUACGUUUGAUAAAAUAAAUGUUUCAUAAGUCUAGAAGACCAAACAUCAAAAGACUAAAAAUGAACUAGUCCAUGUGUCAUAUCUCACAGAAAGACCAAAACCAAAGCUCUUCGUGAAUUAAUUGUAUUCAUUACAUAAUCAGAUUACAAUCACUCAUUCCGAAUCAUUCAGAAGUGUUAUUAAUAGAAUACGGAUUCAAUAGAUUCAUUAUUGAGUAUGUAAUUAUGUAGUGUAUGUCUUAUUUCAUUAUGUCACGUGGUCAGGUAUCUAAAGAUAAUUCCCUAGCAAUACAUCUUGCCCUAGUUUGUGUGUGGGUGUUUCAACUAGAAAUAUUAAUAUGUUCUUGCUAUUACAAAUAUAUUAUAAUGAUUAUACAACAGAUUGUUUGUUAUAAGCAUGUGAUGUUUUUUCGUAUAUUAUUUGCAAUAUAAUGUUUAAUUGGUUAUGGAUAACUUAUAGUGUCUAGUGUUUGUGCACAGUUUAUCAUUGUUCUUUCAGCAUUCUCUAAGUUCUCUCUUUCUCUUUCUCUCUCUCUCUCUCUUUCUUUCUCAAAGUAUUAGCAACCAUAACCAGUGUACAUAAAGUGACAUAAUUCAGAUAUGGUCGUGUAUAUGUCCAUACCAAUGAUAUACAAAACUGAUCGGUGUUUGGAUUCUCUGAGAUCUAGAAACAUGUACAGAAUUAUUUAUAGUGCAAGUCAUUUCUUGUCGUUACCAAAGCAGCGCUGUUGUUUUGUUUUUUAUUCAUUGAACUCUUUAUAGAAAGCUGGUCACGUGACUAUUCAAAGUGAGGCUUACACGUGACCGCAGUCGGAACGAGGCUCGUGUAAACAUUUGUUUGACAAGUAUGUUCAUUUAUUAUUAUUUUUAAAUAUUUUAUUUCUAUUAUGACUGUCUUGUAUAUUUUCUUAUGCUGCCAACCGUCACGGCCUUUGUGGCGUCAGUUAAACUUAAACAAAGUUCUACUGUCUUGUUCAAUUGAACCAUGAACUUUGAACUAUCUGUGAUGGAAUGAUAGUUUGCCAUAUUUAAUAAUAAAAGUGUAUGUGUGUAUAGUGGUAUGUAAACUCUAUAAUUUCUUUAAUUUGAUUUUGUGUGUCACAAAUUAUUCUGAUUUUAAUCUUGAGUUUGUACUCUAAAAUCCAAACUAAUUUUAUUAUAGCACCAAGAGAGGUUUCAAACAAAUUGUCAUUCUUUCAACCUUUUUAUCUUGAUGUGUACAUUUUCCGUUUCAUCUUAGAGAUCAGUUUAUUAAAAAUAGACAAAAAGAAAUCGGAAUGUUUCUAUAAUCAGAUUUCUUUUGAAAAUCAUUUUAACUUGAUUUGAAGAUGGAGAUCUAAUUGUAUAGGUUUACUUUACUAACUGUAAUAGUUUACUUUAUUAAUUGUAAUAGGUUACUUUAUUAAUUUGUAAUAGUUUACUUUCUUGAGAGAGUCAUUGUUUUCAUUCAGUGUAAAGGUUCUCAUGACUUUCGUUUUAAUUUCUCAGGUACUUUAAUUGUAUAUUAGUCAUAUUUCAUUUCCCUGUAACUUUGUUUAUCUUUUUAAUUAAUUAUCAAUAGAUGCACUUGUUCUCUUCCUGUUUCUGUUUUCUUCGAAUUCGAUUAUGGAAUGGCUUGAUUGAAUGCAAGUAUUGAACACGAGUAUUUAGUUGGUCGUUGUUUAAUUGGAUGAUUUUAAAAGACAAACAAUCCUCUGGCAAUAAAAGCUUGUGAAUUUUUUGUGUUUCAAUGAAUUGUAAAAUAAAUGAGAUUUUAGUGUUUUGUAGUAAUGAAUGUAUUUAGAAGAAUAACUCUAAUAACAGAGAGAGAGAGAGAGAGAAAGAGAGAGAUGGCGAGAGAAAUAGAGAGAAAAAACGAAGGCUAGACUGCUAAGGAUGAAUAAAUUCCACAGACCUACAAAAAAGAAGAAUUAUGACAAUUCUCUAUGUAUGUGUGUAAGACACUGACAGGGUAUACCGAAAUGUUUACUAAGUGAUCUGUGUGUGUAUAGAUGUAGUUAUCUUCGUUGUUGCUAAUAUAGUGCAAUUCUAUACUUUUUUUUUGUUGCGCAUUAUUAAUGUUAUUUAUUUAUGUUGAAAGUUCAAUUAUUAUUAUCGCACGUUUAAAACUGACCUACAUUUUAUACCCACGCUAUAAAUAUUGGACUGGAAUAUGUUUAAAGACUUUUAAUUGUGUUCCACUAUUGUUUGAAAAAAAAUCAAGUCAGACCUCUGGGCUGUGAUACAAUAUCAUUAUGUGAUUGUUAAAUAUUCAUCUCUAUAUCAAGCCAGAAGCAGAUCUUUUGCUACCCUUAAACAAACAUCUUGAAAACUUUUUUCAGCAGACGUCAUAAAUGUAUUUAAUACAUCUACACAUUUUAUGGCAUCCAGUUUUGAAUAAAUGUGAAGUGCUGACCAUUCUAACUGGUUUCUGUCUCCACAUGUCUGGGAAGCCACAUGUCUUUGACCCGUGGGGUGAGUUAUGUACAUUACAAACAUCUGCAGGAAGUUCUGUCCUGGGGUUUUGCAAGCGAUGAUCUGAGCCCUCUUACCCUCAAUGGAGUUUGGUGAUGACGAGGAUUAAUUGUUUAAUUUUUUUUUUUCGUUUUUUGUAAAAGUUUAAAUCAACAACUUAGUUUCUACGUAGAAGUGGCGGGGUUUAAAAUAAAUAUUGCGUGUAGCUGAGUAAAUGAAUAUCAAAAGAUCAGGAGUUAUAGUUCACAACUAAUAGAAUUUUUAACAACAUCAAUUUCUUCUUCAUAUUCGUUUUAGUUUAAAAAACAAAACAACUAAAGAAAAAAAUCUUUUUUUGGGGGGGAAAUACAAAAGAAAAAGGAAACCAAAAGACUGAAACUCAUGACGCUUCAUAAGCUGAGCUGACUACUUGUACUACUGUUGCAGAAUGUUUAGCUUGAAAUAAAUGCUAUUGUUUUAAUUGUAUAUUUUUAUUUUUCAAGUAAUGUCUUUUGAUGACCUUUCACCGUUCACCCACACCAAAUUUGACACUGUAAUAGUUACUAUGACAUAUUCUGAAAUGUUAGUUCUUCAUUGCCUACAGAUCUUGAAUAUACACUAUGUAAACAUUAAAAAAAAAAACUAUUUUUUGUAUGGCAUUAUUCGUCUAUGUAUUCUAUUAUAGGCCUAAUCACUUAUGUUCAUUGAUCAAAUUAUCUACAUGACCUAUGACCUUUAACUUAAUGUAAUAUAUUCCUCUGAUACUGAUAAAUGAUUUUUUUUCUGAUUAGCUUCUAUCUUUAUGCAUGUCAUUAUGUAUGUCAUUAUUAAUGUCAUUAUCUCUUAUUAUUAUAUAGUUUUUUAUGUCUAUAAUUUAUAAUUUAUACCGGGCACAAUUGUUCAUCUUUGAAUGCCCCUAGAUUUUAGAUCCCUACUAAGAAUGUCUCUACAUACGAUUAUACGUUAAUUUUAUAUUGAAGAAGAAAUCCAAUGCCACGAAUAAUGUUGUGCUAUAAGAAUUGUCCAGAUUGAUCUGUAUUUCUCUUACUUACAUCGUGUUUUUUUUUUCUUUUUCUUAAAGUCCCAUCAUUAUCACGUGAUAGCUCUGCUCUAUUGUACAUUCUGAUCAAGUGUAGGCAGUGUACAGGUAGAUUCUUGUUCUCAUUGGUUCCUUAUCUUUUAGUGUGCUGUUUUUAUAUGUAACAUUGAUUGUAAAUUAUAGGACAUCUCUUCAGCUCGGGGGAAUGGAGGGGGGGGGGACACAUCAUUGUGAUACAACAUACUAUGUCUAUGACGUCUAGCAUUACCAUAUUUGGAUAUAUGAGUGUGAUUAGUACAUUAUGUCUAUGUGUACAAGUAUAUUUACGUAUGUGUGAUACUAUCUUCGCUUGUUUUCCAAUAAAAAACAAAUUACAGAA